AUGGACGAAUCGAACAGGGAUAAUACUUUAUUUUCUGACCUGGAUUUCUCGCCAUUUGGUAUCGAACCAGAAACAAUCUCUCCAGGCAUUCUUCAGACCUCUGCUGCCCCGCCAAAAAUCGGGAACCGCUUCUCUUCCGAAAGCGUCAAGAUCUUAAGGAAUUGGUUUGCGGCGCAUGAACGGCAUCCGUACCCGAGUAUCCAAGAUGUGCAAGACCUCCAAGAACAAACCGGGCUCAACAGGCAGCAGGUCACCAAUUGGUUUGCCAACGCCAGACGACGAGUAAAGGUUCAUUUAUCGAGACCGACAUCGCCCAUGUUUCGCAACGAUGACUCGGGAAACUCUUCCGGUCAUCAUACACCCAUCGAUACCCCUAGACGAAGACCUACGCCUGCGCCCUUUGAAGCCAUGAAUCCUCUCCAGCGAUGGGCCAAUUCUCCCCCGGAACAUGAAGCUGCUACCGUGGAUGACAUUUCUCGGGCUGUGGCGGCUUUCGGAAGACAGGGUCGUACGAGGAGCAACGGUUCGUCGAUUAGCAGCAGAGGAACAUCAGUAUCCAGUCAUGAUUCCGGAUCUUAUAGUUCUGCCCAUUCAAGGCAGUCAUCGAAUUCGUUCGACAUUUUCAAACGCCACGGCCGCAGACGACGUACAAAGAUGAGACGACAAGAAGUGAGAACAAAUCUCCUUCAAGCCCAAAACACAUAUCAAUGCACUUUCUGCACGGAAACGUUCAAGACAAAAUACGAUUGGCAGAGACACGAAAAGUCUCUUCAUCUUUCUUUAGAGAACUGGAAUCCCGACAAGACACAUCUCGAUGGGCACAACCAAAGCGCAUGCAUAGAAAGACCACACGAAGAGAGGACAUACCACAGAAAAGACCAUCUUCAACAACAUCUGCGGUUAGUCCACAUGUCCAAGUUUCUGAAAUGGCCUAUGGAUGAAUGGAAAGUCAUGACCGAGGAGAUUCGAUCGAGAUGCGGUUUUUGUGGUGUUAAUCUCACGACGUGGGCGAGUCGCGUGGACCAUUUGGCAGAUCACUUCAAAGCAGGCAACACGAUGGAGCAUUGGAAGGGUGAUUGGGGAUUUGAGGCCAAGAUCAUCGAUAGGAUUGAUAAUGCUAUGCCACCAUAUCUUAUACAUCACGAACGAAACUCGCCUUUACCAUUUGCCGCUACAAAAGGGCCCGCCGACACACCAACGAGCGCGUACGAGUUGAUCAAAUUGGAACUAGAAUAUUACAUGCAAAACCGUCACCAACACGAUAUGCCCGAUUCGGAACUUCACUUUGAAGCGUGCUCAGUCAUUCUAGGCGCUGAAGUCAUCUCUAUCAACCCAGCAUCUUCGUCUCCAUCCUGGUUGUGGGAUAUAUUCAUGUCGGCUGCCGAUAUUGCCAACCAAGCUCGUCUCCGUCCAACGAAACAACUAGCUGAAUCACGACUCAGUCAGUUGAAGAUCAACGGAAAGGGAAACAUCUUCGAGAAUUGCGAGUUAGAAGCUACUUUACAACACUUGGAGUUCGACUGGUUGGCUCGCCCCGUUGAGACAGCGCGCUUCGGCUUUGAUGUCGAUGGCGAAUGA